AACAUCAUACAUGAAACAUUUGGAUGAAAUUAUAAAUAAAAAUGGCCAAUUUAUUUUAUGUGUGAUCAAAUCUCUGAAUAGUGAUCUUUCCAAUAAAAUAAAUAAAAAGUUAUGUUUAGGAGUAUCAGUGCCAUCGCAAUUGCUUUCUUUGAAACAAAUCACAACCAAUGACUUAUCAAGAUAUACCAAAACCGUCAUACAAAUAAAUUGUAAGCUUGGUGGAGUACCUUGGUCAGUGGCGGAUGUCUAUGAUAAGAACAUUAUGGUAGUCGGGUUGAAUAUCUACCGUGAUUCGCUUAACAACCAUAAAUAUUUUUGUGGAGUUAUGGUUUCAAUAAAUGAACCUUUUACGAAAUAUGCCAGUUAUGUUGACACUUUAUAUAAAGAGAACAUUUCGGAAUUUUAUGUUUCAAGCAUUGCUAAUGCUUUAAGUCUGUACAAAGACUUAAAUCAAAAAUUACCUAGAGGAAUAAUAAUAUAUAGAGAUGGUUUAGAAUGGAACGGAUCAUCUGGAGAAGCUUGUAUUUCUGAGAUUAAAUUAAUGAAAGCAAAAUGUAUCAAAUUCUUCAGUAACGCUAUAGUUCCUUUUGUGUAUAUUUUGAUAAGAAAAUCUGGGGAAACUAAAUUUUUCAAUCAUCRUGAUCCUUUCAAUUAUAGAAAUCCACCACCCGGAACAAUUGUUGAUUCUGAUGUCACUGAACAAAGCAUGUAUGACUUCUACUUGAUUUCUCAUUCAGUUAAAUCUGGGACAGUGCUUCCAACUUAUUAUCGUGUACUGUUCAAUUCUAUUCCUAACCUAAUGAUAGAUGAACUCCACAUGUAUACUUACUUGUUAACUCACAUUUACUUCAAAAGUUCGCAUACCAUACGAGUUCCUGCACCCUGUCAAUAUGCAUAUGAUUUAGCAUAUUUUUGUGCAAAUACACUUAAUACUACUGAAAACAUACUGUUGCACAGAUAUCCAUUCUUUUUAUAAAUAAUUGUUUAACCUGGGUAUGUAAUGUAUUAUCUUAUUUAUAUGAUAAGUGUCCA